UUAAAAUGUUAUGGUUUGUUCUCAACAAAUUUCUUAUUGCUUUUAAUAAUGACACAGAUCAAGGCUGCUGAAUUUACCUGUCCAUUUUGGUUUUCUCCUGGUGCAACAUCAUUGAUUCAAAAAAUCAUUGAUCCAAAUCCCCAAACUAGGAUCAAGAUUGAUGGGAUAAAACGAGACCCUUGGUUCCGGAAAAACUACAGAGCUGUUAGAGCUAAAGCAGAUGAAGUAGUGAAUCUUGAUGAUGUCCGUGCUGUGUUCGACGACAUUGAGGAUGCAUUUGUCAGUGAAAAAUCUGAAGAUAAUGAGAGUGGCCCUUUGGUAAUGAAUGCAUUUGAGAUGAUAACACUAUCUCAGGGGUUGAAUCUAUCCGCUUUGUUUGACAGACGUCAGGAUUAUGUCAAGCGUCAAACUCGAUUUGUUUCCCGCCAACCUGCUAAAGUCAUCAUUGAAACUAUUGAAGCAGCCGCAGAGUCGUUGGGUCUUAAGGUCCACACACGUGAUUACAAGACAAGAAUUGAGGGGGUAACGGCAAAUAGGGCUAGUCAAUUUGCUGUUGUGCUGGAGGUUUUCCAAGUAGCCCCCUCCCUUUUUAUGGUUGAUGUUAGAAAGGCUGCUGGGGACACUCUUGAAUAUCACAAGUUCUACAAAACCUUCUGCACGAAGAUUGAUGACGUCAUUUGGAAACCAAAGGAGGGCAUGUCAAAUGCUGUUCUGCUUAGGACAAUGACUCGCUGAACCAGAUUUCUGGGAAUGAGGUGAAUCACUAAGCAGUUUGAUGUGCUCAGAAGACAUUCACAUUUUGCUAUCCCCGCCCUGUUUUGCACGCUACAUCAUCGUUGUGUUAGGUACAGUGUGUGUAAUUGUAUGUUUACUGUUAAUCUUCGUCUUAUUGUAUAGAAAAAAAUAAGUGGUAACUGCAUAUCUUAUAUGUUAUCUGUAAAUCAUGGGCUCAAAAGCAAUGGAAUUGAGUGUUAUUUUAUCUCCAUUGUACCAAUAUAUAGUUCCCUUUUACUUGAUGA